CACAAGAAAUCCAUUACUAUUUCAACUCUUUUAAGAGAGAAUAUGGGGUUCUCACAAAAGCUCUGUCCAUUGGUCUUCCUGCUUUUGUCCUUCCUUGCUUUUUCAUUCUUAUCGUCUUCUUCUUCAGCAACACAACUCUGCUCCGAUGAGCAGGCUAUUGCUUUGUUGCAAUUCAAGAAUUCUAUUUCCAUCAAUAAGAGUACUGCUCUUUCUGAGUGGUGUGAAUCUUAUUAUGGCAUUAAAUCUAAGACAGAGUCAUGGAAGGAGGGUACAGACUGUUGCUCGUGGGACGGCAUCACUUGUGAGAAUGUCACAGGUAAUGUACUUGAUCUUAAUCUCAGCUGUAGCGGCCUUUAUGGCUCCUUCCCUUCCAACAGCAGCCUUUUUCUCAUCAAAAGCUUGCAAAGCCUCAAUCUUUCCCACAAUGAUUUUAACCUUUCCAAGAUUCCAAGAGAAAUUGGUCAGUUUGUGAGCUUAAAACACCUUGACCUUUCUUAUUCCUUGUUCUCAGGACAAGUUCCGAACGAGAUCACCCACCUUUCUAAGUUAGUUUCACUUAAUCUCUCUAAUUCUGAGUUGAAACUUGAAAAAACAACUUUCAAGAAUCUUGCUCAAAACUUCAGUGAGAUAAGAGAACUUAUCCUUAGGGCAGUGAACUUGUCAUCUUUGAAUCCUCGUUUCGUAAUGAAUCUUUCUUCUUCUUUGAUUGAUCUUGAUCUUUCUUUUUCUGACUUAAAAGGAAAAUUUCCACACAACAUUCUCCAGUUUCCAAAUCUUAAGUCUCUUACAUUAGGUGGAAGUGAACAACUUACUGUUAGUCUUUCAAGGUCUAAUUUGAGUAGUCCUCUUGAAUUUUUGUAUCUAUACGACAUGAAUUGCUCAGAACUUUUUCACUCGGUCAGCAAGUUGAAGUCAUUGAAAGUUUUAUCUCUAUGUUCCUGCAACUUGAAAGGUUCCAUUCCAUCUUCAAUAGGGAACUUAUCACAGCUUAGUAUGGUGGACCUUUCAUGGAACCAUUUAGGUGGUAGAUUUUCAGAGUUAGUCUAUUUGGACUUAAAUUCUAACUUAUUCAACGGAACAAUUCCUAGCUCUAUAACAAAUGUUGUGAAUCUUACUUCUCUUGAUUUAUCAGCAAAUGACUUGAAUGAGUCAAGUGAUUUAGAAAGAUUAGACCUUUCAAAUAAUAAGAUUGAAGGCCAAAUUCCUGAAUGGAUGUGGAAUGUGGGGAAGGAUACUUUGAAUUAUCUAAAUCUUUCUCACAACUCCUUGAUGGCUUUAGAGCAGAUCCCUUGGAGGAACAUGCAAAUUCUUGACUUCCGAUCCAAUAUGCUUCGAGGAGUAUUUCCAGUUCCACCAAUUGAAAUGGUCUACCUUUUAAUCUCAAACAAUCACUUGUUUGGGGAGAUUUCUUCUGAACUUUGCAAAGCUAAUUCCCUUGAAAUUCUCGACCUUUCACACAACAACUUAAGUGGGGUGAUUCCUAAUUGUCUUCCUGACUUGAGCAAAAAUCUUUUUGUGUUGAAUUUGCAAGUGAAUAGGUUUCGUGGAAAUAUGCCAUCAAUGUUUCCAAAGGGAUGCAAAAUACAAAAUUUCAAUUUGCAUGGAAAUCAAAUGGAAGGCCUAUUACCUAGAUCCUUGGUGAAUUGUAGCAUGUUAGAGGUUCUAGACAUUGGCAACAACAACAUAAAGGACACAUUUCCCUAUUGGUUGGAAUCACUUCCCAAGCUGCAAGUGCUUAUUCUAAGGUCAAACAAAUUUCAUGGUUUUGUGAGCAACACCAAAGCAAAUUCAUCUUUCUCCAAGUUACGGGUUUUGGACCUAUCUGACAAUAAUUUUGUUGGUCCUUUGCCUAUGCACUACAUUGAAAAUCUCAAAGCUAUGGUAAAUGCUCACGAAGAUGGCAACUCCGCACAAUACAUGGGGGAAAGAUACAUGGGGGAAAGAUACAUGGGGAGAAGUUUCUCAUAUGAAUUUUCAAUAGUUGUGAUAUUGAAAGGAUUGAGCAUUGAAAUGGAGAAAGUUUUGACCGUAUUUACAAGCUUUGAUCUCUCAAAAAACAAGUUUGCGAGAGAGAUUCCAAAGGUUAUUGGGAAGCUUAGUUCUCUUAAAGGACUUAAUCUUUCCUAUAACAACUUUAGUGGUCAGAUUCCACAUUCACUUCAGAACUUGACCAAUCUCGAAUGGUUGGACCUAUCUUCCAAUGAGCUGGUCGGGGAAAUUCCACAGGAGUUGGUAUCUUUGACAUCACUCUCUGUUCUAAACCUUUCCAAUAAUCAACUUGUCGGAUGUAUACCACAAGGCAAUCAAUUCAACACCUUUGGAAACAGUUCGUAUGAGGGAAACCUUAGAUUAUAUGGAUUUCCAUUAACAAAAUCUUGUGAUGGAAAUGGGCUGCCGCAACAACCACCAAGCUCCUUCCAUGGAAAAGAUCAUGAGUUAUGGGAAUUUGGUUGGAGAGUUGUGCUUCUAGGGUAUGGAUGUGGAUUUGUGUUUGGACUACUAAUAGGCUUUGAUCUCUCAAAAAACAAGUUUGGUGGAGAGAUACCAAAAGUUAUUGGAAAGCUUAGGUCUCUCAAAGGACUUAAUCUUUCUCAUAACAACCUUAAUGGUUCUAUUCCACAUUCACUUGGGAACUUAACCAAUCUCGAAUGGUUGGACCUAUCUUCCAAUGAGCUAGUCGGGGAAAUUCCGCAAGAGUUGGUAUCUUUAACAUCACUUGCCGUUCUAGACCUUUCCAACAAUCAACUCGACGGAUGCAUACCACAAGGCAAUCAAUUCAACACCUUUGAAAACAGUUCAUAUGAGGGAAACCCUAGGUUAUACGGAUUUCCAUUAACAAAAUCUUGUGAUGGAAAUGGGACGCUGCAACAACCACCAGGCUCCUUCCAUGGAAAAGAUCAUGAGUUAUGGGAAUUUGGUUGGAGAGUUGUGCUGCUAGGGUAUGGAUGCGGAUUGGUGUUUGGACUACUAAUGGGGUAUUUUGCCUUCCAAACUGGAAAACCAAAAUGGUUUGUGACUUUGUUUGCUGGCCAACAUAAUCAAAAAGCAAGGAAUGUGAAGAAAGCUUGAACAUGUCCUCAAAGAAGAACUUGUAGAUUUGUUGACUAAGACCUCAGUGUUUCCUAAAUGUUCUUGUUUUGAUUGAAUUGUGUUUUUUUUUUAUGACAUGCAUAAUCUUUUCAUCUUCCCUUUGUACUUUAUAAUUCUCUAUCUCUGUUAGAAAAUAUGUUUAAAAGGUCAGCUCAAUGUAAUUACUGUUGAAUACAAUAAACUUAAAUAAAUUUC